AUGAAAGGGAGCGAAGUUCCAAUUUCUAAACUUUUGAAUGAAAGUUCUAAUUACCCUAGAAAAAUCGAGUCAAACGACAUCAAGCCGGAUGUUUUUUUUCUACAAAAUAAUCUUUUCGCACGAGAGCUGUCACAUACAACAGUUAUUGAACGACAUCAAUCUCAACGAAUUUUGGAAAAGUCUGUCACUUCGAGGGAACAAAUUCAUAUUAAUCCGCUCCACAUCUCAUCUUUAUUUUCUGCGCCGAAACAAUUUCUUCCUAGCAACCGUAUUCAGGAAUCACUUAAUCGUCAUCCAAUCAUCCUUCCACCACCAACUGUUCACGCACGGAACUUUACGCAAACCAGCACAUCACUAUCACGAUCCACUUCAUCUUCAAAAUCUUCAUCAUUACUCACACACGAAUAUAAUCGAUCUUACAAUCGUGCCACCUCGAAGACUAUCGAAGAAAAAAAUGCGUAUCGUCUUGAGCGUAAUCGCAUUGCAGCAAAACUCUCUCGUGAUCGCAAAAAAAUUUACAUCGGACAAUUGGAAACCCGUACUUCUAAGCUUUCUGAAGAAAAUGAUGCACUUCGCAAGACAGUUACGCGAUUGACAAGUCUAUUGAAACAGAUGACUGAUGAGAAUUCUAAAUUGAAAGUAGUUGUAAAAGAAUUACAAGCGAAAAACUUAAAUGAAUAG